AUUUCCAUCUUUUAUGUUACAAAUUUCUCUUUGAAAAAAAAAAAAGAAGAAAAAGUUACAAAUUUGUAGUUAUUAAAGAAAGAAAAUAAAAGUAAUAAUAUUGAGAAGAGAGAGAAAGAGAGAAGAAGGGGUUCGUGUUAGUGUUAGCGAGAAAGUGUUGAAUGCGUGGUGGAGGACACGUCUGGCUUUUGAAUUCCCACAAGAAACUCUUAAAACUUCCAUAUAAAUUCAAACCCCAAAAAAUGAAAAAUCCGCAUAAAAUGUUGCAAGUCCUUUUCCAUUUUUGGAUCUUUCCUUCCGAUUAAUCGCAUCCUCUUCCUCUCUUUCCCAGCUUUAUCUGCUUCAUUUCUGCUUCAAGAUUCAAGAACACCGCAAUCCUCUUCUUUCUGCCCUGUUUCGUUAAUACACAGUGAUCCAACACGCUUAAUUUGACCAAUCCGAUUCAAUCAAUUACUCAUUAUGAAUCAGAGCGUCCUCCUUCAAUCGCCACCAGGAACUCGGCAGCAACCACUACUCAGAGACAAAUCAGGCAACAGAGUUAAAGAAAAGCGGCGGUUCGCGGAGGUGGCCGGCGGAACAGCGGCGGGGUGCGCGGCAAUAUGUUGUUGCUUUCCAUGCAGCAUGAUGAAUCUUCUGAUAUUGACGGUGUACAAAGUUCCAGUUGGACUCUGCAAGAAAGUAUGGAAUAAAAGGGGAAAACGACGCCAAAUCGCAAAGAAAAACGCGGCGGCAGGUAAGGAGUGGCGGAAUGAUGAUCGUGAAAAGGAGGAUCGGGGAGAAUCAUCGCUUCCGUCGUCGUAUUUUUCAUCGGAGGAUAUGGAAUUGGAGAAAGAGAUGUGGGAACGAUUUUACGGAACAGGAUUCUGGAGAACACCAUCUCAGAGAGAAACCUAAUUUUUCAAAUUUGCGUUUCUACCUUCAACAACAUAGCAACCAACUUUAUAGGGUUCUAUAAUCCAUGAACUUUCUCAUAUAUUCAAAGAAUUUUUUUUUUCUUUUAAUUUUAUAAUAUAAAGUUAGAUGAUUAGAACUUCUUAUAGGGAAAAUUGCGGUUGCCAUAACACCCACGAACUUACAAAUUGCUCAAUUAUAAUAUCAUCCUUUUUCUAAAUUUACCAUUAUUUGUUGUAGGAUUACCGAUUACUGCCACUUAUUUCUAAAGGUUUCUUAAAAGGAAGAAAACGGCUCAUUACAAAAAAAUGAAAAAAAAAAAAAAAAAAACCAAACAAAACAAAAAACAAAA